ACAGCCUUUUGUUUCCUUCUUCUUCGUGUUUCUUUGUCUUUCUGUUGUUGUUGUUGUUGUAUUUCUUCUGCUUCGUCGCCGAAAAGAUUGAAGGAAUUGAAGAAAGGGUUUUCGACAUUGGAGGAACAGUGAGCGAGCACUGCUAUACUGUUACUGUAGAAAUCAAUUUGGAUAAUUAUGCUUCUAUGGUUGAUAUCUUCAGAGUGUGGUGACUAAAUCAGCAGCUCCUUUUCACUGAAUAAAGGGAUACAAAAAGAAGGGUGUUUGGGUUAAGAUGUUGGCAAAGCGAGAUACGUUUGCAGGAGAGUAUUAUUGUGGCCCAUAUGAGCCUCCAGGUGACUCAGAGGGAUCUGGUAGCUCGGGACGAAUUGAUACCGAGAUUACUGCUUCAGAAGGCUCAAGUUCCCCGAAGAGAAAAUGUAUCAGUUUGAACCCUGAUAAAAACGACACUUUAGGUGUCAGUAUGCAAGUUAUUUCACUGUCAAAAAUGUCACAGUCUGAAAGAAAGGGUUUGAUACAUAGGUUGAAACAUGAGUUGGAACAGAUUCGAAUGUUUCAGAAGAAAGUUAAGUUGCAAAGGACAAAUGGGGUCAUUGUGUCAUCUUCUAGUGAUAUUCUUAGUUGCAGCAAUGGUCAGGUUUUAACUCAUGCACGGGAUUUUCAGAAAUCGAUGGCUUCUGGAUCCGGGAAGAAGGGGAAUCCUUUGAGUGGAAAGGCACGUGGUCUUAAUCAGUCUUUUUCUGGGAAAUCUGAGUCGGCAAAACAUGCUUCAGCUGUAAACACAUCAAAUAUUAUGUUGAUGAAGCAGUGUGAGGGUCUUCUAAAACGACUGAUGGGCCAUCAGUACGGGUGGGUUUUCAACCAACCGGUAGAUAUAGUCAAGUUGAAUAUUCCAGAUUACUUUAAUGUGAUAAAGCACCCGAUGGAUCUAGGAACAGUUAAAAAGAAGAUAGCAUUAGGUGCUUAUGGAAGCCCCUUUGAGUUUCAUGAUGACGUGAAGCUUACUUUCAGUAAUGCAAUGACCUAUAACCCCCCUGGAAAUGAUGUCCACAUUAUGGCUGAUACCCUUAACAUGUUUUUCGAGGUAAGGUGGAAAAACAUUGAGAAGAAAUUACCUGUUAUUAGUUCCCAGUUGGUACAAAGUAAAGCUCCUUCUGAGGACAUGGAGACUUCUAAGUCAAUGCCUCCUGCAAAAAAGAGAAAGACAACCUCAGUGGCCCAAGAUAUUGUAAAGGAACCUGCAAAGAGAAUGACGGAUGAGGAAAAACACAAUAUAGGCAGACAACUGGAAUCUUUGCUAUCUGAAAUGCCUACGCAUAUCAUCGAUUUCUUGAGAGAGCACCGUUCAAAUGGAAAUGAAUCUGGAGAAGAAGAAAUUGAGAUCGAUAUUGAUGUCCUCAGUGAUGAUAACAUGUUCACAUUGAAGAGACUUUUAGAUGACCAUUUGCAAGAAAAACAGAAAAUCCUAGUUAGAGGUGAUCCUUGUGAAAUUGAGGUAAUGAAUGAAUCUGCUCCUAGUAAUUCAUCCAUGCAACAAGGCAAAGGGAAUGACCAAGCUGAUGAGGAUGUUGACAUUGGGGGAAAUGAGCCUCCUGUUUCAAGCUAUCCACCUGUGGAGAUAGAGAAAGAUACAGGCCAUAGAAGUGCAAAGUCUGUCAGUUCAAGCAGCUCUAGGGAUUCAGACUCUGGCAGUUCGGAUAGUGAAUCUGAUGGUGCUAAAGCAUCAAAUUUGGUGGAUGCAGUGAAGGUACCAGAUACUAUAGAUUCUGGGGCUCAAUUAGAGAAAACCGGUGCUGACAAUCUUCUUGAUAAGAAUCAAUGUAUGAGUGGGUUAGAUCAGCUUGAGCAGACUUCUCGGCCAAAUCCAAGUUCUGUUGAGUCAGACGGUUGCCAAGAUGGGGACAGUGCUCCAACUGAGAGACAGAUUUCUCCUGAGAAACUCUAUAGGGCUGCUUUAUUGAAAAAACGAUUUGCUGAUACCAUUAUAAAAGCUCGAGAAAAGGCACUUCCACAGGGAGAUGUGGGGGGCCCGGAAAAAUUGCGUCGGGAAAGAGAGGAACUGGAACAACGAAGGAAGAAAGAAAAGGCACGACUGCAAGCAGAAGCGGAGGCUGCAGAAGAUGCUCGAAGGCAAGCUGAAGCAGAAGCUGCAGCUGAGGCUAGACGGAAGAGGGAGCUUGAGCGAGAAGAAGCACGGCAAGCAUUACUGAAGAUGGAGAAGACUAUCGAAAUAAAUGAGAAUUCUAGGUUUCUCGAAGACUUAGAAAUGCUUAGCUCCACCCCGGUCGAGAAUUUGCCAAGCUCGGUGGACGGAACAUGCUCGGAUCACAACCUGGAAGCGCUGGGUAGUUUUAAGUUUGGGAGCAGCAACCCCUUGGAACAACUGGGGUUGUACAUGAAGGAUGAUGAAGAGGAAGCCGAAGGUGAGCCGACAGGUUUUCCGAAUCGAAUAAAUGAUGCAGAGGAGGGUGAAAUAGAUUGAGAUCUGCUCAUGUACUCACAACAAUGUAAUCUU